UACUAUCUUUUGACUCUUGACCAUUCUCUUUUACUCAAAAACAUUUCCUUCUCUUCCACGAAACCAUUUUUCUCUCUCUCCCUUUUCCUGAUCAACUUCUCACGAACUACAAUAUGAAGAACCGGAGCAAAAACUUAGCCACCCUGAGUUUGAUGAUAAUUACGUUAUUGACAUGGUCGGAUAUCGUAGUAGGACAAGAAGCACUACUAGGAAAGAAAGUAUUGCCGCUAUGCCACAGAGAAUGUAUGCCAAUAUGCAUGAAAGUGAUCGAAGCCACGCAAGACAUUUGCGAACCUGCAUGCCAAUCUGGUUGUCUUCAGCUUCAAGGUAGAGGCACCGGACUUUCAGCUUCCGAUCAAGGAGUCGAUAUGGUCAUUGCAUAAAUUAAUAUCUUUACCGGAAAAAGAAAUCAAGAUUUUGAUAUUACCAACAUAGUUGCUUGAUGUCGUUCACAUGAAUAGAUUGUAAAAUAGGGUUUCAUAUUUUGUAUGAUAAAUGCAUCAUCCAAUCCCUCCAAAACUAAAACAAAAUGUAGUUAAUCUACAGAAUCCGACAUCGUAUACAAUUUUUGUUUUUAUAAUUCAUGGGGACAAGAAGAAGAUCCCUUAUGUGUUCGUCU